AUGAGCACAGGUGGAGGGGGCUUACAAGGAGAGAUGAACCAGGUUCUAGAUAUGCUGGAAGAUUUAAGAGUUUAUGAAUUGAAGUUUGUAUGCAAAGCAGCCAAAUUACCUGUUACUGGACGUAAAGCUCUUCUUCAAGAUAGGAUUAAAGUUUUCCUGAAAAAAUCUCUAACUAUGGGACACAUUGAUCCAUGGAGACCAAAAACAAUAAAAGAAUUAAUUAAACAAGCACAAAAUGGUGUGAUAGACCCACCUGAUUAUGAAGUUCUCUGGACUGCAAUUAAGACGGGCCGAUUAACAGAUCGAAAUCAACCAGCUUCUGUCUCCAGAGUUCCAGCAAUCACACAUAAUAACCCCCAAACAGUGAAUUCUACAAAUACACACCAUGCAAAGGUUAACAAAUAUACAAAACAAACUAUUAUUUUGCAUUUCAAAGAAUCACCAUUUUACAAAGUACUAAAAUUGAUACCUCAUUCCGUUGGUCUAAUAAAAAAAACCACUGGAAGAGGUGUUUGUACAACAUCGUUCCGAUUCACUGACUCAGAAUGGAGGCUGUUGCAAUCUGAUAAAGAGAAAUAUAAACUAUAUUUAUUCAGUGGUAUCUUGAAUGCAUCUGGUCAAAGAUCAAAUGAACCAAUACAAUUUCCCCACCCAAACGAAAUAAAAUUUAAUAAUAUACAAAUAAAAGACAAUGUUAUAGGAUUAAAGAGCAAACCGGGGACAGGAAAACCAGCCAAUUUGACGCCAUAUACGUAUCCACCUUCCCAGGUUAAUGUGCUAGAAAUUGUACAUGCAUUCACAGCGAAUGAAUAUUCAGUAUAUUGCUAUAUUGUUGAAAAUGUUACACCAGAGGAGUUACUGCAAAAUAUUAUAAAGAAUCCCAAGAUUUUAAGAACAGCUACAUUGCAGUAUAUUAAAAAAACUUUAAAUGACGAGGAAGAUGAUGAUUUAAUAACUACGUCCACAGUAAUGAGUCUACAAUGCCCAAUUUCAUAUACACGAAUGAAGUAUCCAGCAAAGGGUAUCAACUGUCAACAUUUACAGUGUUUCGAUGCACUAUGGUAUUUUCAUUCCCAAAAGCAGCUGCCCACAUGGCAAUGCCCUGUAUGCCAGCUUCCACUGAAAGUUGGCACAAUGGCUAUUUGUGAAUUUGUUGAGGAAAUUCUACGAUCCACGGGUGAUGAUAUUGAACAAAUAGAACUUGCUGUCGAUGGUUCUUGGGUGCCGUUGAAUGAAGAUGGUGAAAAAGUACCUAGUGCUGGGAAAUUGGAAACAAAACCUGUAAAUCAUAUGAGUAAUAAUUUAGCAAUAAAAAAAGAAGAUUCAACUUUGGCCAUACCGAAACAAGAUCAAAUUAACAACUCUUCAACAAUACCACAUGGUCACUCUGAACAAGUCAUAAUAUCUUUGGAUAGUGAAGAAGAGGAUGAUAUAGCAUUAGCUCAUCAUGUCGAUGAAGAAAAUAAUGAAAUAACUGCAACUCAGGUACAACCACCAAAUAAUCACGCAUUAAACUCCAUCAAUAGCAGUAGAGAGCCUAUUUUACAACUAUCUAGAGAAGAAUCCAAUGGUAAUAAUAAUCAGAAUAAUGGGUCAAAUAGUAAUGAACUAAGUACUACCUCUUCGACAGUAUUACCUACAACAAAUAUAGAUCAAUUGUCUCAACGUAAUGCACUUUCUACCACAGAAUCAGGACAAAAUGGAACUUCGAUUUUAGGAAUUGGGACUUUGAAUGAUGUUGAUAUUAUGUCCGUGUCUUUAGGUACUCCGAAUGGCGAAUCUCCCCAUAACAAUGCUAACGAAAAUCCUCAAAAUUAUACAGAGAAUAGAACUGCUGAAAUGAAUACUAACUUGUGGAUUGAUCAUCCUACCGGAAAUAAUACCCAGAUGCUUUCACUUUCUAAUGGGUCUAAUAACAGCAACAUAUUAGGAAUAUCUGGAAACUCGGAGCAACUUUUUGAACCAAUUAAUCAAGGACCUGAAAAUUCUGAUGCGUCGCCGGAGCUUGGUAAUGUAACAGGAACCGUGACUGAUGCACAGAAUGAAUGUUCAGGACAGUCUAAAGGAUAUCUAGGAAAUACAGCUGUUCCAGGUCGUCACAAAAGUUCAAACGUAUCCCCUUUCAUACCGAAGAAACCUUACUUAAAUAGACUUCCACAAAAGAGACAGAUGCACAAUAAUUCAGGAGUGACUUUAAGUGAAGGAGCACCACGCAUAGCUAGAACGACGAUUCCUAACAAUCAUAUGCAUAAUAAUAUACCAAAUUCGAAUCCUGCAUUUAAUUUAAAUAAUAACAUCAGUAGUACGCCUACUAAUCCUGUUGAAAGCAGCCGUAUGGAUAUAAUAGAUUUAACAUCAGAUUAG